UUUACUGCUGAUUCUCAGAGUGGGGCGAUGCACAGAUGGUCAGAUCUUUGAAACAAAGACUGUUGGUGUUGGACAAGAAGUGACUCUGACUUGUGAUCGCAACAAAUCAAUAAAAGGAAACUUGUUUUGGAUCAGAAUUGUUUCUGGAAACUCACCUGAUUUCUUGGGGAGAACAUCUUAUUUUGAUUCUAGUUAUAAUGUUAAGUCUAUGAUUCCUCACAUUACAGCAAAACAAGGACCUGGAACAUUUCUGCUGCAUAUUCGUAAAGCAAAGCUAAGCGAUGCUGGACUUUACUACUGUUUAAACGUAAACCUAUUUGAUUUAACAUUUUUGAAUGGAACAUUUCUGAGAAUUGGAGGACCAGAACCUAAUAUCACUUUCAUCACUGAAGACUUCCCAUCUGAUCCGGCCCGUCCAGGAGACUCAGUGACUCUGCGGUGUUCCGUCUUCUCAGACCCUGAGAGGAGAACGUGUCCAGGAGAACCGAGUGUGUUCUGGUUCAAAGCCGGAUCAGAUGAAUCUCAUCCCAGUUUAAUUUAUGCCCAAAGAAGCAACAGUGCUGCAUGUGAGAAGAGUCCUGAGGCUCACUCUCCACAGAAAUGUGUCUACAGCGUCUCUAAGAACGUCUCCUCGUCUGAUGCCGGGACUCAUUACUGCGCUGUGGCCACAUGUGGACAGAUAUUAUUUGGAAAUGGAACAAAACUCAACAAUAAAGCACCCGACACAGUUCAGAUCCUGCUAUUAUCAACUCUGGCUAUAAGUCUGAUUGUUAAUGCCUUCAUGAUUUAUACCUUCAAGAUAAAAACUUGUCAUUGUUACAACGCCAGCGGUGACCCCCAAGCUCAGCGGAGAAAUGAAGACUUAGUGGAAUAUUCUGCACCAACCUUCACCAAGAGGAAAACUGGCAGAGCAGAAAGAAAGAAUGUAAAACCAGCGGAGGAAGAGACCGUCUACGCUGAUGUCAGGACUUUAGUGAUGGAUUAACUCUAUACUAGAUUUUCUCAUGAAGUUAAAACGCAUUGUGUCUGGCACACUGUUGUAAAUAUGCUGCUUUAUUUCUCAUGUUGAUAACCUUGAAUUAUUUUGUAUGUAUUUUGAUAUUAUGUUUUAAUGGCUUUGGUUGAUAUUCUACACAGCAUCUCAUAUCUCUUCAUUCUUGUUUAGUUGUGUGCAUUGUUAAAUCUUUGACCCAUAUUUUACUUAAUUAUAUCACUUCAAAUAAGCUGAAAGAUUGAACUUGAAAGAGUCAGAGGGUUGAAGAAUGGUUGUCUGAUGUGCAGUUUUAAGGCUGUAAACUUCUCCAAAUAUGUAUCAUUGCUAAGGUGCAAUGCUUUCUGUUAAAUAUUUUAACUUAUCAGGGCAAAAUAAAAAAACGAUUACAUUACACACUAUUUUGGCUCUCAACAAAACUAUGUGUCUAAAUCUUUGUGGCAAAUAACGACAGUCGUUGGGUAAGUAAUGUGUUGAUGUGUUUUGUGAUUCUAUGGAUGCAGGUGGUAUAUCAAAACCUUGAGGGUUGCUGUGAAAAGGUUAUAUUAAGCUAUAGUAUAUGUUAUACAUAUUUGAUGGUGAUUAAAGUUGGGUCAGUUGCAAAAAUGGA